AUGAGUAGUGGUGGGACCACAACAGUUUCACCACAGGAGCCUCAGGCUUUCCAACGGGCAGUACGGAAGAUAAAAUGCGCUGCUAUGGUAGCCAGCUUGACCAAGAACUGGCAGGGCUGGGCUAAUGACCACACCAACAAGCAGGACGCCAUCCCAAGUGGCUGGAUGCCUUCAUCUAUUGAAGAAGAAGCCAAAAAAGAGCGAGACCAUGUGGUCAAACUCACCGUUACCCCACGCUUAAUUGCAGCUGAUGCUGCUAACAGUGGGAGUAAGAUCCGGACCUGUGUUGUGAACAAGACUGUCCAGCCGAAACGCAGUGAGUGCAGCAGCAGCGAUUUGGUCAACGCUAUCAGAGAGAAGAUGGAGUUGGGUCCCAAAGAGAGCAAGCCGUUCUUGGGCAACGAGUCCCCGACACGGAGGCGCCAGAUGAGGGCGCUACAGAACGCAGGAGGAGGGGUCAUUCAAGACAGGAAGCUGGUGCUCCAGGAGAAGAAGCUGGGGUCAAGGAGCAGCAGUGUUGACACAGAGGACAGUGGGCUGGGAGAGGAUGCUGGGCUCAGCGACAACGGUGAACCAAAAACUGAGCAGGGUGACAUCCAGCCCAAGAAACAGACAAACAGACCCAAGAUUAAGGUUGCCACUACAGGAGACAUCAAAAACCGCUGGCAGCAGUGGUCCAAGCAGCACAUUGAGGGCCAGAAGCUGAACCCCUUCAGCGAGGAGUUUGACCAUGAGUAUGCCAUGGCCCAGCGCCUCCGCAAGGGCGACUCCGGCUACGGUCGCCCCAAAGACGGAUCCAAGACGGCAGAGAGGGGGGACAGAGCCCAAAAACACAUCCACAGGGAGAUGGAAGAGAUGGUAUGGAUUAUCAGAGACAUGGGCUUCAAGGAUAAAGAGGGGAGGACUAUCAUUAGCUUCGGACGGCUCUUUGAUCGCUACGUGAAGAUCUCAGAUAAGGUGGUGGGCAUCCUGCUGCGCUGCCGCAAACACAAGAUGCUAGAUUUUGAAGGGGAAAUGCUAUGGAAAGGACAGGACGAUGAUGUCAUCAUUACACUUAGGGACUGA